GAGGUUUGGGCGCGCGCAGCCAGUCCCGGCCACGCCAGGGACCGAGGGCCGCGGGCAGGGGCGGCCGCCGGCGGACGGGAGGCUGAGUGAGGGGGCUCCGCCUGGUCAUCAUGGUCGAAAGACGCUUCUCUCAGUUCCUGCAGAAACUCGCCUUCUCGGGCGCGGGCCACCCGUACGAGCCCCUGGAGAGGAGCGAGUUGGAAAUUUUGAUUGGUGGGCAGUGUGAAUUGAAAGCCAUCGAAAAAGAGAAAACAGUUGCAGCUCUGUCACCCAAGGAGGCAAGCAAAUGCCACAAAGAAGAUUUGGCCAAAGCAUUUUAUGUGGACUUAGAAAAUGGGUUGUCUGAGUUCUCAGUGUCACAACGGAGACAGGUCCAUGGCUGGAAUGAAUUUGUUGCUGAUAACACCGAACCUGUGUGGAAGAAAUAUCUUGAUCAGUUUAAGAACCCCUUGAUCCUGCUGCUCCUGGCCUCCGCCCUGGUGAGCGUCCUCACGAAGGAGUAUGAGGAUGCCGUCAGUAUCGCCAUGGCCGUGCUGAUCGUGGUCACUGUCGCCUUCAUCCAGGAAUACAGGUCGGAGAAAUCACUAGAAGAGCUAAGCAAGCUGGUUCCUCCCGAAUGUAACUGCAUAAGAGAAGGAAAGCUCCAGCAUCUGCUUGCACGAGACCUGGUUCCCGGAGACAUUGUGUCUCUUUCGAUCGGAGACCGGAUCCCUGCAGACAUCCGUCUCACUGAGGUCACGGACCUCCUGGUGGACGAGUCCAGCUUCACAGGAGAAGCCGAGCCAUGCAGUAAGACGGACAGCCCGCUGACGGGUGGAGGGGACCUCACCACUCUGAGCAACAUUGUCUUCAUGGGGACCCUGGUGCAGUGUGGGAAGGGGCAGGGAGUCGUGAUUGGAACAGGGGAAAGGUCCCAGUUCGGAGAAGUGUUCAAGAUGAUGCAGGCUGAAGAGACGCCUAAAACCCCACUACAAAAAAGCAUGGACAAGCUAGGGAAGCAGCUGACACUUUUCUCCUUUGGCAUCAUUGGCUUGAUCAUGUUCACUGGCUGGCUGCAAGGGAAGCAGCUCCUCAGCAUGUUCACGAUCGGGGUCAGCCUGGCUGUGGCUGCCAUUCCCGAGGGUCUGCCUAUCGUCGUCACGGUUACGCUGGUCCUGGGAGUGCUGCGGAUGGCCAAGAAGCGCGUCAUCGUGAAGAAGUUACCAAUCGUGGAGACCUUAGGUUGCUGCAGCGUCAUCUGUUCGGAUAAGACAGGGACGCUGACCGCCAACGAGAUGACCGUCACCCAGCUGGUGACGUCCGAUGGGCUCCAUGCUGAGGUCAGCGGAGUGGGGUAUAACGGCAAAGGGACCGUCUGUCUGUUACCCUCAAAGGAAGUCAUUAAGGAGUUCAGCAGCGUCUCAGUGGGGAAAUUAGUAGAGGCAGGCUGUGUGGCCAACAACGCCAUCAUCAGAAAAAACGCCGUGAUGGGACAGCCCACGGAAGGUGCGUUGGUCGCCCUGGCCAUGAAGAUGGACUUAAGUGAUAUUAAAGAUUCAUACGUGAGAAAAAAAGAGAUUCCAUUCAGUUCGGAGCAGAAAUGGAUGGCAGUAAAAUGCAGCCCCAAGAACGAGGACCAGGAAGACAUUUACUUCAUGAAGGGGGCCUUUGAAGAAGUGAUUAAUUACUGUACCAUGUACAACUCCGGAGGCAUCCCCCUUUCACUGACCCCCCAGCAGAGAUCCUUCUGCCAGCAGGAGGAGAGGAGGAUGGGGUCGCUUGGCCUGCGUGUGCUGGCCCUGGCCUCUGGGCCCGAGCUGGGGAGGCUGACUUUCCUGGGGCUCGUCGGGAUCAUCGACCCUCCGAGGACUGGAGUGAAGGAAGCGGUGCAGGUGCUCUGUCAGUCGGGCGUGUCGGUGAAGAUGAUAACGGGCGACGGCCUGGAGACCGCCUCCGCCAUAGGAAGGAACAUCGGCCUUUGCAACGGGAAGCUGAGAGCCAUGUCCGGGGAAGAGGUGGACAGUAUGGAGCAGGAAGAGCUGACUGACCGCGUCAGAAAGGUAUCUGUCUUCUUCAGGACCAGCCCAAAGCACAAGCUCAAAAUCAUAAAGGCUUUGCAGGAAUGGGGGGCGAUCGUGGCCAUGACAGGGGACGGGGUGAAUGAUGCGGUCGCCCUGAAGUCCGCGGACAUCGGGAUUGCCAUGGGGCAGACGGGCACAGACGUUAGCAAAGAGGCUGCCAACAUGAUCCUCGUGGACGAUGACUUCUCAGCCAUCAUGAAUGCGGUGGAGGAAGGCAAGGGGAUUUUUCAUAACAUCAAAAACUUCGUCCGGUUCCAGCUGAGCACGAGCAUCUCAGCCUUGAGCCUCAUCACUCUGUCCACUGUGUGCAACCUGCCCAGCCCCCUCAACGCCAUGCAGAUCCUGUGGAUCAACAUCAUCAUGGACGGGCCACCAGCACAGAGCUUGGGGGUAGAGCCGGUGGACAGAGACACCCUCCAGCAGCCCCCACGGAACGUCAAGGACACCAUUCUUGGUAGAGCCCUCAUCCUCAAGAUCCUCCUGUCGGCUGCCGUCAUCAUCAGCGGGACCCUCUUUAUCUUCUGGAAAGAGAUCCCCGCGGACAGGGCCAGCACCCCACGCACCACGACCAUGACCUUCACCUGCUUUGUGUUCUUCGACCUCUUCAAUGCCUUGACCUGCCGCUCUCAGACCAAGUUGAUAUUUGAGAUCGGUUUUCUCCGGAACCCCAUGUUCCUGUACUCGGUGCUGGGGUCAAUUCUGGGGCAGCUGGCCGUGAUUUACAUCCCGCCCCUGCAGAAGGUCUUCCAGACGGAGAACCUGGGUGCACUGGAUUUGUUGCUUUUAACUGGCUUGGCCUCAUCCGUGUUCAUUUUGUCAGAGCUCCUCAAACUAUGUGAAAAAUUCUUCUCCAGAGCCAAGCCAGCCCAGACUCACCCAGAAGACAUCUAGUGGACCGCACCUGUGUAAAAUCCCUAAAUCCCAUUUUUACGUGACUCUGGCCCUUCCCCAGCCCCUCGUCGGCGGGGUCCUUUUAGGACACCGUGUGGCCGCCUCCCCCCUUCCCCCCAGCUCUGCCCUGGGCUCGAGGACGGGCUGGGAGCAGACGGCACAGAAACACCUCACUAUUAAACCACAGUGAUUUGUACGAA